AUGAAGCUGGUCAUAUGUAAUUCAGAACUGAAAAGAGAAGGGCAAGAAUUGUUGGAACGCAACGGAGUGGAAAACAACAACAAACAAGAAGCUCAGCCUGAAGUUGAUAAUCAUGAAGAUGUCUUGGAAAAUGAUUAUGAUAGAGAAUUCUGGAUUAAAGUAGGCAUGACUGAAUGUUAAAAACAUAUAUUCUAAUAGGUCUCGAUAACGAGUUGAAUCUUGCGGCAAUCGUAAACAGUAUUAAUCUUUAGCGUAAGGUUUAACGAGUUAAAACUGAAUUUUGUGCAAAAAGGAAAUUUUAAUCAUCAAGCUACGUAUAUCCAAAAUAAGUGCUUCCUAAUUCGUUAUGUCUCUCUCAAGGAAGCCUUAAAAUAUAUUUCAUCAUUCUAGAACUCACGAUACAGAGCUAUACAGGGCAUGAUGUAUGACAUACAACACGAAGCUGCCCUUGAGCAUUUUUAACAGCAUGUACUCUUGCAGGUUCGUUCAAAGCAGAGCAAUGGACUUUCAUGGAGUAGAGCUAUGGAUGAAGUUACUGUUGAAAGACUGAUCCAGAAGUACAAAGAUAACGGGGAACUGGAUGAUGAGGAUCCAGCCCUUUUGAUGUUAAAACAGUGGCCAGCAUCUAAGCAGUACAUAGAUAAUCCUGAAAAACUUCCAGGCCUUGAACAGAAGGUAUAUGUAAAUCAUGAUUGGAUCAAAUGUUAAUGAUUAACAGUGUGCAUGGUGUAGUGUCGCAAAGUCUUUAAUUGUAACGGAACAGACUCCAAUAUACAAGAAGAGUUUUUACACCGAAAUUAGUCCGAUCCAACGUAUCCAAAACGUCCGUCGGCUUAGCAGCCAAGCCUGCAAUAUGCGUGGAUACCCGGAUAUAACAUCCCAUCCUAACCUAUUUAAAGUUCAAAGUCCAUUCUAACAACGCAACUUAACAUAGAAGAACUAAAACAAUGUUCUAGUCAUAAACAAAGUCAAGAUCUCUCUUUGGCUUUGAUGUUCGAGUUGAACGUCUCAAUUCCAUUGCUGAGUCGGGAGGACCACUAUCUGCGGGAUUCCUAUCAUCCGAGACUGUAGAUCCGAGUUGAUCCAAAGGAGGCAUCGCUGCCCCAGCGAACUCUUCCGACUCCAAGCAGCCGUUGUCAUUGUCAUCCUUAACUGGUAGCUCCAUGCGUGGAACUCUACUAAGAAACUUCACAUUACGAGUGAGAUGUUGUCCAGUCUCAGCAUUGACAAGUUCAAAAGUAUCUGGUCCUUUGCUACGAACAAUGACAUACUUCUGAUGACCAAACGUGGGAAUCAAUUUUCCAGAUUUUGUAUUUGCUACAAAUACAAUAUCCCCAGGUACUAGGUUAUGUUGUUGUGCAUGUCGCUUGGCAUCAGUAUACUCACAUAACUUCCUCUGGUAUUCCUUGUACCUCUCUUCAGGGUUGUUCUGAUCCAUUUCUGGUACUGUUGGCAACUUUGUUGUUAUCUCUCUGUUGAGAAACAGUUUAGCCGGGGUCAUGUUAGUCCCGGCAUGUGGAGUGGAUCUGUAAACUUGCAGGAUUGUGGGCAGAACCUCUGUCCAGGAUAGACCAUCUAACUCUGCUGCUCUGAUACUGUGCUUUAGGUACCUAUGAAAUCUUUCGACCUGCCCAUUUGCUUGUGGAAAAUAGGGUGAUACUCUUCUGUGCUGUAUUCCAUUUGCCUUCAUGAAGUCUUGGAAUUCCUCAGCUACGAACUGACGUCCAUUGUCCGUGAUCAGAACUUUUGGAUUUCCAAAUCGUGCAAAUAUAUCUGCAAGUGCAGUGACUAUACUCUCACUUGUAAUACGCUUAAGAACAAUAGCCUCGGGCCACUUGCUUCUGUAAUCAACAACAGUCAUGAUGUAGAUCUCUCCAGGAAAUGGACCCACCAGGUCAAGGGCACACUUCUCCCAGCAGUAAUCGGGAAGAGGAGUUGCUGUAUUAGGUGUGUCUCGUCGUAGUGGCUGAAGGCGCACACAAGUCUCGCAAUUUCGGCAGUAGUCUUCAACAUCAGAGUCCAUCCCCGGCCAGAACAGAAUUCUACGAAGGCGUUGCUUGCAACGCACAAUACCUUGAUGAGCCUCAUGUGCCAAGGUCAAUGCCUUUUUCUCAACUUCUCAGGAACAUAAAUUCGUCGACCUCGCCACAGUAGGCCCUGUGCAAAGCUCAGUUCAUCUUUAAAAUGUUUCCAUUUAUUAUUUACCAGGUUCUGGGUUCCAUCAAGUACCUUCACCACCUCUAGUAAUUCAGGGUCAGACUCUCCAGCCUCUUUUAUUUCAUCAAUUGAGAGCAAAGCAUCAGCACUUUUGACAAAGUGUACAUGCUCCUCAACAAAACUUGUUUCUGUAACAGUAGCGUUCAAAGGUAAUCUUGACAGUCCAUCUGCAAUGUUCUCAGAUCCAGGUUCAUAAGUGAGUGUGAAGUCAUACUCCUGAUAGAUCUUCUCCCUCGCCUUGGUUGGGCUCUCCCUUACUGCAUGGAUUUUUACAAGGUUGAGGGUGGACAGGGCGCUUCUUCCCAACAGGGGGGGACCUUCCACAUCGAUCACAUACACUGGCUCCAUUACUUCCAUCUUAUUGCAUCUCAGUUUAGCAUCAAAUACUCCUAAACACUUGAGGUCUCCUCCACCAAAAGCUGAGAACUUGACAUUGGUUGGGUUAAGAGGAAUGUUCAGGUUGUUUCUAAACCACUGUUUCGGGAUCAAGGUUUUAGCACAGCCAGUGUCAAUCAUCAUUUGAACAAGUUUACCAUUGAUUUCGACAUCAGUUUCAACACCCAGCCCCUCAUUAUUAGUAGUAUACAAAACAUAUUCAGGGUUAGACUUAUCUGACUGAUGCUGGACUGGCUGGACAAACUUUACAUCUUCUUUAUUCUCUGAUUCUCUUGAUCUGCAAUAUUUCCAAAAGUGACCAGUCUUCUUACAUUUUAUGCACUGUGCAUUCCUAGCUUUGCACCUUUCGUUAUUAGCAAGAUGAUCCGUUUUUCCACAGCGAAAGCAGGCUUUUUUUUUUUCGCUUUAUUUACUGAAAAUCUUACCGCAUUAACAUCAGAUUUUCCAGGAACGUUUUGGGCCCCGUGACCCCCAAGUAGCUGUGUAUCCUUCUUUGCAGAUUCAAUUGCUCUCCCGAGCGUCUGGGCUUUUUCCAGUGUAAGAGUCUCUCCUUGUUGUAGUAGCUUUUCUCGUAGAUAUCCGUCAGAACACUUCUCUAUAACUUGACCAAGAAUAUUAUCAUCAUUUGCUUCCCCGAAGUCGCAUGUUAAACUCAGCAUACGUAACUCUGCAAUGAAGGUAUCAAGUGAUUCAUGUUGAAGUUGAGCACGUUUUCGAAACUUGUGCCUCUCUGCCCACUUGUUUCUCUUCGGCUGAAAAUGUGCACUCAACGCUUGUUUAACUUCCUCAAAUUUCUUGUUCUCUCCCGGCAAACCUGAGAGCAAACGCUGGACUCCCGUCCCCGCAAGAUGUAGAAGAGUAGCUUUUUGAACGUCGUCGCUUUCCUUAUCUAAUUUCGUAGCAAUUCGGUAGUUGUCGAAAGCAUCGAGCCAAAACUUCCACUCAUCCGCCAAGUUUGUCGCCUCUAAAUUAACUGGUGACAACGAAAACCUUUCAAAACUCAUCUUGGCGUGUUAUCCGAUUGUCUUUUAUCCUCGUCGCCAAUUUGUAGUGUCGCAAAGUCUUUAAUUGUAACGGAACAGACUCCAAUAUACAAGAAGAGUUUUUACACCGAAAUUAGUCCGAUCCAACGUAUCCAAAACGUCCGUCGGCUUAGCAGCCAAGCCUGCAAUAUGCGUGGAUACCCGGAUAUAACACAUGGAAUGCUACUGCCGGGGAACAAAAUGACAGUGAAAUCUGAGAAAAUUAGGCUUACUGUGCAUAGAUAAAUAUCAGAAAGCAACUUUUUGCAUGGGUGGUUAAAGGUCAAUACAGCAAGUGAAUAAUGAGGGGAAAAAAGUUUCCAAUAGACUUUCAAUCCUAAAAAGGAGAUGAUAAGUUGCAUUAUUUGACAUGAAUGGCUGCGCACACUUUUAUUGUAAAACAUUUAGUAGAAAUCCCAGGUUAAAGGCCUAAUGUGACAGCUGAGCAGGCCUGAAAAUCAGUAUGAUCCAAGUGAGCUACAAACUAGAUGAAGAAGGAAAGAAAAGAAAGAGCAAAGGUCUUAUGAUAAUUUUUUUUUUUUUUUUAGUGAGCAAGCUAGAUUAACAUUGGCCAAAUGGGAAAAUAUUUAGUUCUCAGACAUGAGACAGGGACCUGUUUGUUGCACUCCGUCCAUGCACCAUGACCUUAAGCUAAAGGUUUCCUGUCUGGCCCUCCCACUCAGUCAAGAAGUAUAUAUCACCAGUGUAGUUGAAUUACAUAGUAUAAUGUGGACAUGUCUUCUUGCAGAUAAAUCAGCUUUUGGAGAUAAUAUUGCAAAGUGAAAUUAACUCUUGCAAUAAAUACCAGACAUUCAGAGAUGAGGAAGACAAAACAAGAAAAACAUUACUACAUUAUGCUGCAGAACUUGGAUUUUUAAAUGUCAGCAAAACACUUGUAAAUAAAUGUCCAGUGUUACUAACCUUGAAGACAGAGUAUGCAAAGGAUAAAAGGUCUAUGUUACCUGUUGAGUUGGCUUUAGUAGCAGAAAAAGAUGAGGUAGCUGCCUUUUUGAUCAGAAUAAUGUGGCACGAAAGGUACAAUGCUCACUAAAAAGGUUGACACUUUUAAGCACCCAGCUCUCCCUGCUUAGUUGCUCACCUUGAAAAGUCCAAUAUAAAAGCCUCAUUUAUUUCAAUCCCUCAAAGGAAGCUUUGGGUCAUGUCUUUAGUAGUUUUGUAGUUUUGUAGUUUUGUUUUUUGUGGUUUUAUUUUUUAAACCAGUUUUCCUUGAGGAGAUCUAAAUUAUUUUAGAUGGUGAAAAUUGGAAUAACGGGUUUUCUUUGGCUCAUAUGACGUGAAAUUUCCAUUUAUGAAUAUGUUAUCUUUGCUGCCAUCAGAGUCCAUCAAAUAUUUUUUUUGAGACCGUCUGAUGUGACAAAUCCUCAGCCAUCUUUCUUCAAUUUCAAGUCCAUUAUUGGUAAUCCUAAAAUGAAGGUGAGUGUUUUCAGUUUUUGUUUUUCAAAUGUAAGAUGCAUCACUGAUCUGUUUUCACCAAGAUAUUGAACAAAUUAUUUCAACACGUGUAAACAGAUCUUAUACUGUUAGUUUGUAAUCUUAAAUGCCUCUAGCUUAUGCUUUUAGCCAUGCAGAUUGUCCAAGAAUGUCACAAUGUAUCACAUCAUGUUUUAUUGUACAUCUAAUGUAAACUUGCAUAAGGAAAUUUAUUGCUGACAUCUGCAUGUGUAUGAUUUCCACAGAAAACAGUAGUAGCAGUACUAGACCAGAUGAUCAAUCCUCACUGGCCACACCUUCCAAAACACAAGGAUAGCUAUGAAAAUGAAAAAGAAAAGGAGGUAGUAGAGGGUGCCUGGCGCACAAUCACAGAUGAUCCUUUGGACUAUCAUUUUUAUUAUCAUAUUUUGGAUGGCGACGAGGGAGGACGGCCCCCGAAAGUCUUGAUGCUAGGAGGACAUGGACAGACAGAAAACAAAUAUUUCAACUGGAGAGACAAGUCUUGUUUGCAUGUCAUUGCAAAGAACAGGAAUAUGGUAAGCUUGAGGUGUUUAAAAAAAGUAAUUAUUCUGUGUGUGGUUAUCCUGUGUUUGGAGAAACACAUGCAAGAGUUAUCCAAAAUAUGUGAUUCUCUAGCUUGAUAUUUUAAGGGGUUGGAGCAAAACUCUCAGAUUUUUUGGCUCAUUUUCUGAGAUACUUGCUUUUACUUAUGUUUACCAGCUCAACUAGUUUAAAUGUUUUGAUUUCGUACAGGCAACACAAUUUUUUGCUGUUCUAGUUGUAGGAAACUUAUAUUCUUGCUUAGACAUUUCCUCUUUGGUUUCAUGAUUUUCCAGGAGGCUCUUCAACAUCCUGUGGUCAGAAUGUUGGUUAAAGCAAAAUGGAAAAGUUAUGGACACUUCUUUCUCAGGUGCAUGUAAACUCAGAGGAAAAAAAUUGGGUUACCUAAGAUUGUUCCAUCAUUCAAUUGAAAAAAAAAGAAAUAGAAAUGAUUGUGUCCAUGCUGCUAGGAAUGUAUUGGAGCAAAAGAAGGGUUUACGGUGGAAUUAAAGAGAAGAAAUAGAGACUGAGGUUAGAGUAAGAAUUCCUGGAGUGUUCCAAUCCAUCUGCCAAACAAUAGAUUUUUUAGAUGCCUGGAUAUGGCCUUUAGAUCUGUUACUAUAAAAUGCUGAAAUGAAGCACAAAUGAAAGCAUUAUAAUGUAUAUUUGUAAUGUAAAAUUUAUUUAUACUUACUAAUAAGGUUGCUAUUUAUUUCACAGCCUUCAAGCAGCAUUUUAUGUGAUCUUCUUGCUGUGUUUGUCAUAUUCUCUGCUGAGUGCUUCCACAACAGUAGACCCCACCCAAUAUGGGGGGGAAGCUGAUUCACUGCGUGGAUUUUGUGAGAUUUUCACCCUUAUUAUGGUGGUCUUUUACAUAUGUGAAGAAAUUAAUCAAAUGAGAUUGUAAGUAUGCAAUUCUAGUGAGUGUAAAAUCAGGUUAGAGUACCAUUUUUUGCCAAAGCUCAGGACAUUUUACCAUUAGCAAGUGUUCAUGUAGGUUGAUAUAGAUUAGGGAAGACUUGGUAGUAGUUUAGAGGUGGAAUUAAUUAUUACUUUGAGCGUUUGCCCUUUGUCAGAUUGAGUAGAGGUGAUGGAAUUGUUAGGUCAUGGUAAGGUCAUGGUAGGGUUAAAAACAUAAGAAUGAAUUAAUUUAAUGAAAAGUGUUCUUUGCAAACUUUUAAUCUGUCUGAUUUCCCUUAGAGAGGGGAAGUCGUACUUCACAGAAUGGAUGACCCUGUUUGACUGGUCAGGCCUGUUGCUGAUCCUGUGUAUAAUACCCUUACGGUAUACACAAAGUAAAGCUGAGUGGCUUGUGGCAUCUUUAGCUUUCUUGUUCAACUUCCUGAGGAUCUUUAAGUUUUCUUGCCUGACAAGGUAAACUGCAUCAUAAGCUACGUUUGAUAGGUUUGAGAGAAUGUCAGCAAAUUAGAACAAGAAAAUCAUAUCUGUGAAACUUACUCACACAGUUGGCUUAGGUUUGGAUUUUGGUUGAUUUAUAAUUAGUUGAUUUAUAAUUAGUGCAAUCCCACCAUCUUGGCACCUUCAUGAUGGAAAUUUGGAAGUUUUUAAAACGUCUUAACGAAAAAAAGGUAUAGAAUAGAAAGAUUAAAAAAGCGUCCUAUGAGUGGAGACAGACGGGAGUAAUAGAAUUAAAAGAAUAAAGAAGAUGGACAAUUUGAUUAAAACAGCCAAAUGCUUUCCAUGGAGCCGACGCAUGGCAACGUAUCGACCUCCCCUGAAAUUUUAUUAGAAGACUGUUGAAAACUGUUAUAUUCUUAUUUAGUAUAAUUCGAACAUCAUUAUGUAUCACAUAACUUGUGUCCUUAAUGUAAUAGAACCGUGUAUAUUUUUUUUCAGGACAACCGGAUUAUACACAAAAACCUUGGCUAAGAUCAUUUUGCACGAUGUGACAAGAUCCAUGGCGGUUUUUAUUGUUAUCUUUUUCUCCUUCUGUGGUGCUUUGUCUUUAUCGCUCUGUUACUCCGAUGAAAACCAACAGUUUAGGUAUGUCUUAAUCUUGCUUGCUUAAAUGCUACUGAAUAAAUGUGUUGAAUUAUUUGGUUGGCUGAUGUUUACUCUGCACUAUCUGCGAAUUUUAGUUGGAUGAAAUGUAUAUGAUAACACCUGAAGUGAUAUGAAAUUUCCGUUAAUGUGUUGCAGAUCAGUCUAUGUGUUACAGUCCAUGCUAAAUCCAUUUUUUUUUUACAUUAGUGACUUCGGAGAUGUGUUAUUGAGUGGCUUUCGCGCGCUCUCUGAACAAAGACCAAUUGCUUACGAUUAUUCAAAUUUCAAGUGAGUUGAUUUUUCUCUAAAAGGUCGAAUAUGUUUUUACUCCGUUUACUUUUCAGAUCUCUUUACCUUAAGAUGAGUUUAUUACCACUAAGAUAAUAGGUGAAACUAACCACGUAAGAGCAUUUGAUUUAUUCCUUGCAGCUGGCUCUCCAUUCUGUUAAUGAUGGCCUACAUGGGGAUCGUGAUAGUGAUUCUACUCAACAUUCUCAUUGCACAAAUGAGUACGACCUACACACAGGCCAAGAAAGUCGCCCGUCUGGAAUAUGAUGUGGAUCGUAUUCUACAACUCACACGCAUGGAGAGAUUUCCUUUUCUGGUAAAUGAACAUUCUUCGCUAAUGGAAUUGUAGCAUUUUAUCAUUAAGCGUACACCGGUGUUCGUGAUUGACGCUAAGUUGCAGCGUGCAUUAGCGCCAUACGUGACUGUGAGCGUGAGGAGAAGAACGUACCGUUAGGGUAGGAGGGGACUUAGGUAUAGUUGUAUUCUUCUGCAAUUGAGGGGUGGCCUCAUAGACUUAAUUACUUUUACAUCUUUUCUUUGUGCAGAAUCUGCGUGUGAAGUAUUACAAAGAGGGAGACUGGAUCAGUGAAAUGAAACUCGCCCAAGGUCUGCGUGAAGUAUUUAACCGGGACUACUUUCACAAGAAUUUUUAUGCGUAGUAAUCUGGAAAAAGAUUUUUUUUAGUCUUGUAUCCUAUUUGUACUUCUCUGAACGAAGGGAGCUGAAGAAGACCUUCGACUCAGUUGAUACUCAGUUAUAAUAGAAAAGGAAUAAUCUUUCUCGUGCCUUAACAGCUGUAAGGUUCUUUAUCUUCCUAAAUGUGAUCUUGGUUUGUUUGUAGAUCUUCUUGAAUUCAGUGAAGAUCGCAGCCCUUGGGAGUCGGUGGAAGAGAAACUUACUGCGAUUCGGUAACAAUUAAUUGCUUUAUCUUAUUUCCUAUCUUUCCUGUUAUCGGCCUAAUUUUUGAACUCGUUCUCUCAUUACUGGACUUUCGAAAAGACCGACUUCCUUGUACUCAUCCUUCUUUGUUUCAGCAGUCAUGUUUCACACCUUCUGUUUUAUUUUCUUGUACAGGGAUAUGAUGAGGAAGAUGGUGAAACAGAUGAGGCCUGGAAUCGGAUGA